AUGAGAAUGACUCUUUCCGCGCUGCGUCUUCAAAGCCGGCUGAAGAUCGGUGAAGAUCGGUCAUCGAUGCGGCUGUGCGGUGAUGCGGCGAAGAUCGGUGAAGAUCGGGCGAAUGCGUUGGAUUCACGAAGCAAUCGGUUGAGAAAUGAUAGGAGAGAAAGAAGACGAACCCUAGAAACAUUCUGUGUUAGCAUCAGCUUGUUGAUCAAGGCACUGAAGGACAGUGUAAUUCAGAAUGUAAGACCAUUGAGCGAGCUUGUCAGGAGGUGCGGUUUGAUAGUUCUUCAAAGUUUACAAGCUUCUGGAUUUGGAUCUAAAUCUUCCAUCAACGAAGAAGUGACGAUUGUGAAGAACAAACUACAAAGCUUGGAGAAUUCUAAAAAAAAUAUAGUGCAGAGUCAGAAUGAAAUCAAGGCUUUUUUGUCUCAAAUUACUGAGAUGUUAAAUCCUACAACAAUUGCUCGGAAUGCUGGAUUUUCUCAAUUUGGGACGAGUGAUAGAGGCCAAGAAGAAGAUACCACUAAUGAUGAAGUUUGAAUCAUGAGAGAGUGACUUAUAGAACUUGGGUGCUUCAUAACUAGUUUCAUUGACAUAUGAUUUCUAUUAUUCAUGUUUUACUUGUGUAUGAAUAUGUUUUAGAUAUUAUGAAAGAUUGAACUUACUUGCUUUGAAUACUAUUGAACUUGUGUUUUGUUAUGAAUAAAUGAUUUUGAUUA